AUGUUCGACGAAACCACAGAUGUGUCCCACGUUUCUCAAAUGUCAAUUGUGAUAAGGUAUGUUCACGAAAACGACAUUCGAGAAGACUUCAUUGCGUUCCUUGACUGUCAUGAAGAAAACUAUACUCUAGAUAAAGAUACCUUAGAACCUAUUUUAAGCGGAAAGAUAUUGGGGCAAACUGUUUUAAAACAACUUAAAUUAUUAGACUUAAAUCUGAAUAAUUGUGUUGGAAUAUGUACGGAUGGCUGCAGUGUUAUGACUUCUGAACAGAAUGGUGCAGUGCAAGAAGUGAAGAAAGGAAUGCCAGUAGCAGUUAGAUGUCCGUGUUAUAAUCAUGCACUGAAUCUUGCCCUGUCGAAAACUUCUAACGUACAAUCGGUAAGAAAUUUGAUGGGAACGAUCAAAGAAGUAUCGGCAUUUUUCACCGCUUCGUCAAAAAGGCAUUUUGUUUUAAAGAACACGCUUGAUAAACAUUUACAUGGACUAUGUGAAACAAGAUGGGUCGAGCGGCACGAAUGUAUUUUGCAGUUCAAAAAUGAUUUUGAUGCAAUAUUGGAUGCCCUAGAGAAAAUAUCUUUGUGGAAUGAAAGGGACACAGCGUCGAAAGCAAAGAACCUCAUGAUAUCUUUAACAACUCCCGAUUUUAUUUUAACGUUGUAUUGUUUAUCAAACGUUUUAUCACUUACAUUACCUUUAAGUAAUUUGCUGCAAGACAAAAAAGUAGAGAAAAAUCGUGCUAAUGAAAUGAUAUCUUGUACUCUUUCUAUAUUGACGGAAACUCAAAAUAUAUUGAAAGAACUUGAUGUUGAAUUAACUCUACCUAGACUUACGAACAAAAUGAGAAAUCGUUCCAAUCCUAACCCUAACUUAUCCUCAAAUUCUCCGGAAGACUAUUACCGAAUUUCCCUAUUUAUCCCACUGCUGGAUUGUGUUAUUAACGAUCUGGAAAGUAGAUUUUCAAAGGAAACAAUAAAUCUAUUUAACUUAAAUAUUUGUUUGCCAUUAAAUGCAAUGGAAGCAACUGAAACAGAAAUUAAGACGACCGGAAAAAUGUUGUCAGAUAUGUAUACACUUAUUUUUGUAGAGGAUCCAAAGACAGUUUUUGACAAAUUUAAAGGUGAAUUUGAUAUUUGGAAGUUGAAAUGGACCGCUUACUCAAAUUCUGCAAAUAAAGACUUACUUAAAAUACCUGCCGACGGUUUGGAAGCAUUACAACAGUGCGAUGAAUCCAUAUUCCCUGUAAUUUACACAUUUUUAAAAAUUCUUUGUACUCUGCCCAUAAGCGUUGCUAGUUCGGAAAGUGUUUUUCGACUCUACGGCGAUUAA